AUGCCCCGCUACCAAAGCGCAUUUCGCUCACGAGUUGGUUUCGUUGGACGCCUUGGAACCCAAUCCGUCAUCUACCCGCCAAUGUCUAUCUCUUCUCCCACUUUCUCCCCUGCCGCAAACCCCGCGCCGAUCGGCACCGCCGUCACCGACGAUCGCACUAUCGCUGCCUCACCGCCACCAUCGGCCCUGUCCCAACGCCUGCAUCGACCGCAGCGUCCAGCACCACGACCACGACUCCACGCACAUCCCCCACUGAUGGGACGACGUCUGACGUCUAAUCAACUCCAACCAUCACCAACAUCCCCACCCGCAGCGAGGGGGAUUCGGUCUAUACCUGCCCUCAUUGCAAUCGCAUAUUCACUCCACGCACCGGUCUGGUCGGUCACUUGCGAAUCCAUCGCACAGAGACUGGCGAACCGGGGACGCCAGCAUACACUCGCCGCACCCGCAUAG